AUUUUACUUUAUUCAAAAUAGACUAAAUUGUUCUAUAUAAACGAUAUUAAUUUAGCAAUAAAAACUUUAUUUCAUGUUUAUUCGAUAUAAUUUAUAAAUAAAUUAUAUUGCUAGUGCUUGACUUUCAUUAUUGUUGCUGUUAUAAUCAUCAUUAAAAAUGCGUUUCUACUUUUGUUUUGGAAUUUUACUUUGUUUUAUUUCACUAAUUACCGGAAUGCCAAGCUCAGGUGGAUCAACUUCUAACAAUCAGGGUGAUUCUAGUGGAGUCAAUAAGGUAAAACAAGACUCGCAUCCCAUAUCAACUUUUUAUGCAAACUACAUGAAAAAAGUUAUAAAGGAAAUGGUUAAUAAUGAUGAAAAAGCUAUUAAACUUUUUAUUGAAGGAAUGGUAAAUUCACCACAUUUGACAGAAAAUGGAAGAUUACAUUUAAAUACUAUAAUUCAGUGGAUGAUUGAUUCAGAUGAUAAAACGGACGCAAUAAAUGAAUGUACUGAGUUUAUAGUGAAUUUGACGAAAAAUAACGAAGAUGAGUUAAAAAGAAAUUUAUGUGAAGGUGAUCCAAAUAACAUAGAAACAAUUACACAAGAUUAUGCAAAAUUAACUCUUUCAGAAAGUUCAUUCAAUACAAGUCCUAAAUUAAAAAAAUUCUUUGAUUUUUUAAUUGAAAAAAAUUUGAAUGACAAACAUCAAGUUCUAUACAAAGAACUACUUGAAAACUUUGGACCAAAUAUGCAAGAAUUUGAAGACAUUUUUGAUGUUAAGGACUAUGAAGACGUCGUAGACGUCGAAGAUGAUAAAAACGAUAAAGACUAUGAAUAUGAUGAAGAUGAUGAAGAUGAUGAAGAUGAUGAAGACUAUGAAGAUGAUGAAGACUAUGAAGAUGAUGAAGGCUAUGAAGAUGCUGAAGACGAUGAAGAUUAUGAAGACGAUGAGGAUGAUUAGAAUAAUCUAUAAAAACUAAUAAAUAUUGAAAGUUGCUUCUAUUCAAAGUUUAUUAAAUUAUCGUAAAUCUUCAUUAGAAAUUUUUGUUCUAUGAUAUAUUUAUUCAUAAAUGUUUAAAAUGUUAUAAUAUAUUGAUGUUAAAUUAAAAAAAAUCAGAGAAAA